GAGAGAGAGAGAGAGAUCGAGAGAAAUUCUCCUCCAUUUUGUGUUUUAAACUCCACCUUUUUCCUCCUUUGAUAUCCGUUUGAAGUGAAAGUGAAAGUCAGCAAGUUGUUUUUGUGACUAGAAAAAUAACGGAACUUUUUCAUGAAAGAUCACAGAUCAAGUUAUGUUUAUACGAUAAAAACCUCUGACUGUUUGUUAUAAUGUCACGGGAGUGUGAGAAACUCCAAUCCUCUGAAAUGAGUCGACAAGAGAAGCAACAAAAGAGUGGAACAAAUGAAAGACCAGAUUCCCCUGUGUCCAGCGGUGUGCCUAUGAAGAGUGAUCAAUCACUGCCAGUCCCACUCAACUUUAAAGGUGGAACAUCCUCUAUGGAAAGUGGAACAAAUGAAAGACCAGAUUCCCCUGUGCCCAGCUGUGUGUCUAUGAAGAGUGAUCAAUCACUGCCACUCCCACUCAACUUUACAGGUGGAACAUCCUCUAUGGAAAGUGGAACAAAUGAAAGACCAGAUUCCCCUGUGCCCAGCGGUGUGUCUUUGAAGAGUGAUCAAUCACUGCCACUCCCACUCAACUUUACAGGUGGAACAACCUCUAUGGAAAGAACCUCAAAAAAGAAUCCAAAAAUCAUCUCUACAACUCGGAUGGAGUCCAUAUUCAAGGAGCUGGAGCACAAAUUCAUCACACUGUUGAAGAAUGAGCUGAACAGGUUCAAGAAGAUACUUAGUGCUGAUUACCCAGCAUGCUCUGGGGCAGAGGAAGAGGAUCUGCACUGUGUUAGAGAGAAUGUGCUGAAGAUCACACUGCACAUCCUGAAGAACAUGAAGCAGAAAGAUCUCGCUCACACACUGCAGAUCAAGAUGGCCUCUGUGUAUCAGAGAAAUCUCAAAUCUGGACUUCUGAGUAAAUGUAAAAGAAUUAAUGAAGGAAUCUCACAGCAUGGGACAUCAACACUUCUGAAUCAGAUCUUCACAGAGCUCUACGUCACAGAGAGUUGGAGUGGAGACGUCAAUAAUGAACAUGAGGUAAGACAGAUUGAGACAGCGUCCAGGAGAUCAGCAACAGAGGAGACACCCAUCAAAUGUAAUGAGCUCUUUAAAGACAAGUCCAUCAGAACUGUGCUGACAAAAGGAGUAGCUGGAAUUGGAAAAACAGUCUCUGUGCAGAAGUUCAUUCUGGACUGGGCUGAAGGAAACGCAAAUCAGGACGUCCUCUUCCUGUUUCCACUUCCCUUUAGAGAGCUGAAUCUGAUAAAGCAGGAACAAUUCAGUCUGAUGAGCCUUAUUCAUCAGUUUUUCCCCAUGAUUAAGGACUUGGAAGUAAUCGACAGCAAUGUCCACAAACUUUUGUUCAUCUUUGAUGGUCUGGAUGAGUGUCGACUUCCUCUAAAUUUCCAGAACAAUGAGAUGUUGUGUGAUGUGACAGAGUCAGCCUCUGUGGAUGUGCUGCUGACGAACCUCAUCAAGGGGAAUCUGCUUCCUUCUGCUCUCCUUUGGAUAACCACUCGACCAGGAGCAGCCAAUCAGAUCCCUCCUGAGUGUGUAAACCAGGUAACAGAGGUACGAGGGUUCAAUGAUCCUCAGAAAGAGGAGUACUUUAGGAAGAGGAUCAGUGAUCAGAGCCUGGCCAAUAAAAUCAUCAGACACAUGAAGUCUUCAAGAAGCCUCUACAUCAUGUGCCACAUCCCAGUCUUCUGCUGGAUCUCAGCCACAGUUCUAGAGAAAAUGUUGAGUGAAGCAGAAAGUGGAGAGAUCCCCAAGACUCUGGCUCAGAUGUUCACACACUUCCUGAUCAUUCAGAUCAAACACAAGGACCAAAAGUACAAUCUGAAAUAUGACCCUGAUCCACAGAAGAGCAGAGAGAGUAUCAUGGCUUUGGGAAAACUGGCUUUCCACCAGCUGGAUAAAGGAAACAUUAUGUUUUAUGAUGAAGAUCUGAGAGAAUGUGGCAUUGAUGUCAGAGAAGUUGCAGUGUACUCAGGAGUGUGUACUCAAAUCUUCAGAACAGAGUCUGGACUCCACCUGGGGAAGAUGUUCAGCUUUGUGCAUCUGAGUGUUCAGGAGUUCUUGGCUGCAUUAUAUGCGUUUAUCUGCUUCACUGACAGAAAACAAAUAAAAGAACAAGUCACUGAUCUGUCUGGUCUUUUCAACAAAUCAGAAAUGUCUGACUUCCUCAAGGGUGCAGUGGACCAGGCCUUACAGAGUGACAACGGACACUUGGACCUUUUCCUCCGCUUCCUUCUGGGCCUCUCAGUGGAGUCUAAUCAGAAGCUCAUUCGAGGUCUACUGACAAACACAGGAAGCAGCUCAGACUGCCAAAAGGACAUAGUUGAGUACAUCAAGUUAAAGUUUGAACAAAACCCAUCUCCAGAGAGAUCAAUCAAUCUGUUCUACUGUCUGAAUGAGUUAAAUGAUGAUUCACUGGUGAAAGAGAUCCAAAUUUACAUGAGCUCAGGUCGUCUCUCUGAAGCUGAACUCUCACCUGCUCAGUGGUCUGCUCUGGUCUUUGUGUUGCUGACAUCAGAGGAGGAUCUGGAAGUGUUUGAGCUACAGAAGUUCAUAAGAUCAGACGAAUGCUUUAAGAGACUGUUACCAGUUGUCCAGGAAGCCACAAAAGUUCUGCUCAGUGAGUGUAACCUGACAGACAGAAGCUGCUCUGCUUUACACACAGUUCUCAGCUCAGAAUCCUCCAAGCUGACUGAGGUGGAUCUGAGCAGUAAUCCUCUGGGGGACUCAGGAGUGAAGCAGCUUUGUGCUGGACUGAAGAGUCCAAACUGUAAACUGGAGACACUGAGACUUUCAGACUGCAGUAUAACAGAGGAAGGAUACAUCGCUCUGUCUGAAGCUCUGAAAUCAUCUCACCUGAUAGAGCUGGAUCUCAGAGGGAACGACCCUGGAGCAUCAGGAGUGAAGCUGCUCACUGAUUUACUACAGGAUCCAGACUGUAAACUGAACACACUGAGGCUGUUAAAAAGUCCUGAUGCAGUGAAGGUCUGUGAUUCUCUGACUGAGGUUCUGGGUACAAACCCCUUACUGCUGAGAGAACUGGAUCUGAGUGGGAAAAUAAAAGGAGACUCAGGAGUGAAGCAGCUCUCUGUUCUACUGAAGGAUUCACACUGCAGAACUGAGACACUUACGCUAAAGGUCUGUAGUAUUACAGAAGAAGGCUGUUCAGAUUUGUCUUCAUCUCUUUAUUUAAAUCCUGCACACAUAAGAGAGAUGGAUCUGAGUGAGAAUAAAUUAGGAAACUCUGGAGUGCAGAAGCUUUGUGUACUGCUGCAACAUCAGUCCUGUAACCUGCAGAUACUGAGACUUUCAGACUGCAGUAUAACAGAGGAAGGAUACACUGCUCUGUCUGAAGCUCUGAAAUCAUCUCACCUGAUAGAGCUGGAUCUCAGAGGGAACGACCCUGGAGCAUCAGGAGUGAAGCUGCUCACUGAUUUACUACAGGAUCCAGACUGUAAACUGUACACACUGAGGUUGUUGAAGAGCUCUGCUGCACAGGAGGCCUGUACUUGGCUAAAUUCCACUAUAGGUACAAACCCUUUACUCCUAAAAGAGCUGGAUCUGAGCAGGAAUGAACCAGGAGACUCAGGAGUGAAGCAGCUCUCUGCUCUGAUGGAAGACUCUCACUGUAAAUUUCAGAUAAUUAAGCUGAAUAAAUGUAAUCUGACUGUGGAGAGCUGUUCAGCUUUAGCCAGCGCCCUGAAACUCCAGUCCUGUAGUGUGAGAGAACUGGACCUGAGUGAAAACAGUCUGCAGGAUUCAGGAGUCACUCAGCUUUCUGCUGGACUGAAACAUCAACACUGUAAACUGGAGACAUUGAGGCUUAACAGAUGUUCUAUAACUGAUGGAAGCAGUUCAACUCUAGCUGAAGUUCUCAGAUCUGAAUAUUCCCAUCUGAGAGAACUGGACCUGAGUAACAACAGUCUGCAGGAUUCAGGAGUCACUCAGCUUUCUGCUGGACUGAAGAAUCCACAGUCUGCACUCACAAUACUGAGACUCAGUGAGUGUAAUCUGACAGAGAAAGGAUGUUCAGCUCUGCUCACAGCUCUCAGAUCAGAACACUCCACCCUGAAGGAGCUGAAUCUGAGUAAGAACAGAAUUCAGGAUUCAGGAGUGAAGCUGCUCUCUGAGGAACUGAAGAACAAACACUGUAAACUGGAGACUCUGAGACUUUCAGACUGCAGUAUAACAGAGGAAGGAUACACUUUUCUGGCUGAAGCUCUGAGACAGAAUUCAUCAUCACACCUGAGAGAGCUGGAUCUCAGAGGGAACGACCCUGGAGCUUCAGGAGUGAAACGUCUUACUGACAACAAAGUUUAUAACCUGACACUGAGGUUAUUAAAAAGUCCUGAUGCAGAGGAAGCCUACACGUGUCUUACAGACAUGUUCAGUAAGAACCCCUUACUGCACACGGAGCUGGAUCUGAGCACCAAAACACCAAAGAACAUCAAAGUGAAGCAGCUUUCAGCUCUGCUGCAGGAUCCACAUUACAGACUGCAGAAACUUACGUUGUAUAAAGAAGGCAGUAUAAUAGAUGAUGAUUGCUCAGGUGUGUUUUCUGCUCUGGUUUUAAACCCUUCACACCUGAGAGAUCUGAAUCUGAACUGUAAUAAACCAGGAGAGUCUGGACUGAGAAAUCUGUGUGAUUUCCUGAAGAAUCCUAAAUGUAAACUGCAGACACUAAAACUAUGGAACAGUGUAAAAGGUGAAUCAUCCUGUGCUGAUGUGGCUUCAGCUCUCUGUACAAAUCCAUCACACAUCAGAGAGCUGGAUCUGAGAUGGUGUGAACUGGGAGACUCAGGAGUGAAGAAGCUCUGUGAUCUACUGAAGAUACACGAGUGUAAACUGGAGAAACUGAUACUACGUCACAGUGUAAAAGGUGAAUCAUCCUGUGCUGAUGUGGCUUCAGCUCUCUGUACAAAUCCAUCACACAUCAGAGAGCUGGAUCUGAGUCAGUGUGAACUGGGAGACUCAGGAGUGAAGAAGCUCUGUGAUCUACUGAAGAUACACGAGUGUAAACUGGAGAAACUGCGACUACAGAACAGUGUAAGAGGUAAAUCCUGUGCUGAUGUGGCUUCAGCUCUCUGUACAAAUCCAUCACACAUCAGAGAGCUGGAUCUGAGAGUGUGUGAACCGGGAAACUCAGCAGUGAAGAAGCUCUGUGAUCUACUGAAGAUACACGAGUGUAAACUGGAGAAACUGCUACUAUGGGAUAGUGUAAGAGGUAAAUCCUUUGCUGAUGUGGCUUCAGCUCUCUGUACAAAUCCAGCACACAUCAGAGAGCUGGAUCUGAGUUGGUGUGAACUGGGAGACUCAGGAGUGAAGAAGCUCUGUGAUCUACUGAAGAUACACGAGUGUAAACUGGAGACACUGCUACUAUGGAACUGUGUAAAAGGUAAAUCAUCCUGUGGUGAUGUGGCUUCAGCUCUCUGUACAAAUCCAGCACACAUCAGAGAGCUGGAUCUGAGAUGGUGUGAACUGGGAGACUCAGGAGUGAAGAAGCUCUGUGAUCUACUGAAGAUACACGAGUGUAAACUGGAGAAACUGAUACUAUGGGACAGUGUAAAAGGUGAAUCAUCCUGUGCUGAUGUGGCUUCAGCUCUCUGUACAAAUCCAUCACACAUCAGAGAGCUGGAUCUGAGUGAGUGUGAACUGGGAGACUCAGGAGUGAAGAAGCUCUGUGAUCUACUGAAGAUACAUGAGUGUAAACUGGAGAAACUGCGACUACGGAACAGUGUAAACGGUGAAUCAUCCUGUGCUGAUAUGGCUUCAGCUCUCUGUACAAAUCCAGCACACAUCAGAGAGCUGGAUCUGAGAUGGUGUGAACUGGGAGACUCAGGAGUGAAGAAGCUCUGUGAUCUACUGAAGAUACACGAGUGUAAACUGGAGAAACUGCUGUUAAAGAAGUGCAGCAUAACAGAUGAAGAUGCUGCUGCUCUGACUGAAGCUCUGAGCUCAAACUCCUCUUAUCUGAAAAAGCUCGAUCUGAGAGAGAAUAAACUAACAGAUUCAACAGUAAAGCUGCUCUCUGAGAUACUGGAGAGUUCAGGAGGACAGUUAAUGUAUAACGAGUGGUUAACUGGUGAUAAGUCUGAUGAACCGUCGACUUCGGAACCUGAUUCCUCUACAGUAAAGACAGAACAAAGAGAUGAAGAAAUAAAAGACACACUGGGGUGAAUGCAGUGUGGACCAGGACAGCUGUAGUAAAAACACUGACAUCUGAACCCCAGAGACUUCAGACAGUUCGUAUAUAACAACAGAGAACUGUACAGAAGUACACGACACAAACACAAGUAAUUCACCAAAACUACAAGAAAAGGGACACAAAUAAGCACUCAAACAUCCAAAACACAAUAAUAUCCUAGAUAAUGACAACAACUCAAACUAACUCAACAAUGAAGGACAGAAGACAACUCAGCAGACCAUGACACUCAAAUCCUACUAAUACAAAACUACACUGUAAUCCCCAAAUAUAAAUAAGACCAAAAUUAAAGGAGGAACAUCAGCUGUACAGAUAGGGAUUCAGUCAGGAGUUCAUUAUGUAGUACAAGUGUACAGGGUACAUGGAUUAUACCAUACUGCAGAAAAACAAUUAAAAGCACAACUCACAAACAUCAACUAAACGUCUAACUUAAACUAAAAUACUGAUAUAUUUAUUUGUUGUUAUUUGAUUCCUUACAAUACUAUAACCAAACUAAAGUAUUAAGCCUUGCAAAAUAUUACAGUUGGUGUCAUAAGA